CUCUCCCCCGUCUCUGUGUCUGUGCCUAUAGCCUCUCUCUCCCUCUCUGUGACAUACAGUAGAUGGUGCAUCGAUUGCACACAGACGCUCGCUUUCCCUCUUCUCUCGCACUAGGAAGUCCUGUGCAGGGGAGGAGAGGACGGAUUGAGAGACAUCUCUCUCUCUCACACACACUCUUGCUCUCUCUCUCUCUCUCUCUCUCUCUCUCUAUCUCUGUUUUGCUUUCCUGCUUGCUCUCUCACCCUCUCUCUCUCUUUCCCUUCCUCGUUCUCCUUCGUCCUGCCAAGCUAAUGUGAGGAGGAAGCUGUCUGCCUUCUCUCCCGUCUCGGAGGAUUCUGCUGUAGAGAUGUCCACUGGGGAAGUCCUCUAUCUACAUCCUGGGGAGAACUGAAGCCGGCGUGAUGUCUCAGCUCCUGCACAUGGAGAUCCCCAACUUUGGCAGUGCAGUGCUUGACAGCCUGAACGAGCAGCGGUUGCUAGGCCAGCACUGCGAUGUUGCAAUCAUGGUCAACGGUCAGGCCUUCAAGGCCCACCGGGCUGUGCUGGCUGCCAGCAGCCUCUACUUCCGUGACCUCUUCAGUGACAGCAGCCAGGCCCUCUUUGAGUUGCCCUCUUCUGUGGCACCGUCUUGCUUCCAGCAGAUCCUGUCCUUCUGCUACACAGGAAGGAUGACUGUGACAGCCAGCGACCAGCUGAUGGUCAUGUACACGGCGGGAUACCUGCAGAUCCAGAACAUCGUAGAGCGCGGCAUGGACUUGAUGUUCAAGGCUAACGCUCCGUUCUGUGACUCGCAGACGUCUGCCGUGGACGAUCCACCCAGCCCGAACAACAACAACAACUCUUCUCUGUUGCUAGGCGACCAGCCCACGGCCGUCUGCAAAAUCAAGGAGGAGAAGCUGGAGACCCCGGUGUGCGCUCAGAGCGGGGAGCUCAAGCAAGCCGAUGACGAUGGCAAGGGACUCAGGAGCAGGUCUUCCAGGGGUAGCACACUUUUCUACACCAGUGGGCUGGGAAACGGGACCCUGAGUGUGGUCCAUCCAUACGAGCACUCAUCCAGAGAUCACUCCAGUCCCGGGGCGUCCAGCCUGCCCACCACUGACAGCCCCACGUCCCAUCAGAACGAGGAGGAGGACUUUGAAGAUGACUCAUACGACAACCUUACCAGCGGGAAGAUCUAUGGUGUCUCAGCCAGUCUCUAUGGCAUGCACGAGAAGAUGGAGGUGUCCUCACUGCCUCCUUCCCUGGAGAGCCGUUUCUGCGUACUGCUCGGAGGGGACAGGGAAGCUUUGCCUGCCGGACUUAUCAGCCAGAUCGGGUACCGCUGCCACCCAGCCCUCUACACGGAGGGAGAUCCGGGAGAGAGACUCGAGCUGAUUGCAGGGUCCGGUGUGUUUAUGACACGUGGGCAGCUGAUGAAUUGCCACUUGUGCGCCGGGGUCAAGCACAAAGUCCUGCUCAGGCGCCUGCUUGCUGCAUUUUUUGACAGGAACACACUGGCUGACAGCUGUGGGACAGGCAUUCGCUCCUCCAACUGCGAUCCAAAUCGCAAACCCCUGGACAGCCGAAUACUAAACACAGUCAAACUGUACUGUCAGAACUUUGCCCCCAACUUCAAGGAGAGUGAAAUGAAUGUAAUCGCAGCAGAUAUGUGCACAAACGCCCGCAGGGUACGUAAGCGCUGGUUGCCCAAAAUCAAGUCCAUGCUUCCGGAGGCUAUUGAGGCAUACCGGGGUUCCGUGGUCCUGGGCCAGGUGGACGGUGUGACCCAGCCGAGCCCUUCCUUCCCCUUCGAGUCUGACUUCAAACACUUGGCCCAGUCGAACCUGACACUGGAGCAGCACCUCUAUGGGGACUGCAGAGAGACAUUGAGAAAUGGUCACUUUCCCGGAGCCUCGAUUGAGGAAAGAGCCAGCGCAGAGCCGUCCGGCAAAGCGGACCCGCUGCGAUCACGACCUGGGGAUAACCCGGAGGAUGCGGCGGCAAGGCAUCUGGAGGGCUCGGAGAGAGCCGGGACUGUGCUUACUAUCAACCCGGCCAGCAAGAGAGCAGAUGGGGACGGAGCAGGAAGUAGUCCUAAAAGCCAGCCAGAAGAACACAGCGGAGAAAGACCCCUGGUAGAUGACCAGUGAGUCCCAGUUUCUUUAAGCCACUCUAAUCUGGUCUACAAACUGGACUACCACCACUAAUUACAUGGAUUAUGCCACUUAAAUAUCAAUACCAUGCCAAACGCUGCACGAUGGGGGAAAAAUAUGGACAUGCGAUACUUUCCCUGGAUAUAUCAAAAGAACUUUAAAUAUCAACGCCAAAUACACCAAUCUGCAUAGAGCUGUUAAGAGAUAAAGCCAGAAAAGUCAUUUUAUCAUAAGUAAUACUCAAUCAAUCUUUCUAUUACCCAUAUACACAAACAAACAAACACACAUAUACUAUAAACACACACACACACACACACCUACACACACUCACACAUGCUAACAUCCUACAGGCUGGGUUGUUAUGGAUGUGGAUGCUCAGCAUUUUACUGACUAAUCUUCUUCCACACAAUUCCACACACACACAAACAUAUACACAAACAUACAAACACACACACACACAUACACACACAUACAAAUGGUUCAUGGACCACUGCAUGGAAAAGGAAAGAAACAAAAAGCAAAGGACAAUGCCAAUGCUCCUGUUCAUUAACACAAUAUACAUGCUUCAAAAAUAUCAGAGCUCCAAAUGCUGGGUUUGGACUAUAACAGGAGGAGAGCAGAGGGCUGCUUUAGUGAAAAAGAGCUGACUAUGGGACUGCUGACGUGAACACAGAGUAGGAAGCAGAACAGAGAACAAAACAGUCCUCUGGAGAGAGAAAUGCUGGACUCUCACUUUCUCCUCCCAUGCUCUUUUUUUUUUCUCCUCUCUAUUCGCUCGGGCUCAAGCUGCUGUAUAGUACAUGCUUGCCUGAUUUUUGCAUAUCAGCUGGUCUGGAAACAUUGAAACACUGAUGGUUUUAGAAAUGAAAUAAAGGACAGACUUAUUUUGAGGGA